AUGGAAACUAGGCCGAUAACAGAUCUGAUAAGAGACGCAAAUCAAUUAUACAGUACAUUUUAUUUAGAUGAGCAAAACUUUUCAAGAGCUUUGCUACUUUAUAAGCAGGCUUUAGAUAUUUUAUUUCAAAUGUCAAAAGCACAGAGACCGCCUGAAAAGGACAAAACAAUGAUUCUUAUUUCUCAGAUUCUAGAAAAGGCAGAAUAUUGCAAAGCAGCAAAAAACUCCCUUGAAGAGCAAAAAGUCCCACUUAGAAGAGCCGUAACUACUAAUAACAGAGGCCAAAUAGUUUCUCCAGUAAGAAAUUCAGUGCAUGUUAAUCAAAAUCUUAGCCCAAAUCCUGAAUUAGCAAACUUAGAAAGAGCAAUUGAAGGAGAAAUUGUAGACAGGUCGCUCAGUGUUAAAUGGGACGAUAUUGCAGGGCUAGAAAGAGCGAAAGAGAUGCUAAGAGAAGCCAUUAUACUUCCAUCCCAGUUUCCGCAUAUAUUUACAGGCUUAAGAGCACCUCCUAAAGGCAUCAUGCUUUUUGGUCCUCCAGGUACAGGUAAAACCAUGCUUGCUAAAGCUGUAGCUUCCCAAUGCCAAGCCACAUUUCUUACUCCCCUGUUAGAAAACAAAACAUUUUGUAGCUCACAGAGGAGGUUAAAAAAUUUAUACAUAAAUUUUAUUUCGAAAAUUCAAAAAAAAUCCUAUUAGUAGAUUUGGAAAUCGGAAAUUAAUUAUUUUUAAAAUUUUAUGUUUUAAAAUGCAAGCUAGAUAUUCCUUUAUGGUAAUUAUUACUUAUGGUCAAAAUAUUUUUUCAUAAAACAAGCUUAUAUGGAAAAAAUUUUUGUUCUCUCAAAGAGGGAGUUAGUGUUUCUUCAGCUACACUUACAUCAAAGAAUUUUGGAGAUGCUGAAAAAUUAGUUCGAGCCCUUUUCAGUGUAGCUAGGCGCCUUCAGCCUUCAGUUAUUUUUAUAGAUGAAGUAGACUCAAUUUUAGGUUCUCGAUCAGACAGCCAGCAUGAAGCAUCACGAAGACUUGAAACGGAAUUUUUAGUGCAAAUGGAUGGAGUUUCCUCUAACUCAGAUGAUCGCGUGAUUGUGAUUGCUGCUACCAAUCGGCCACAAGAAAUUGAUGAAGCAGUAAGGAGAAGGCUAGCAAAAAGGGUUUAUAUAGACUUGCCUGACAAUGAAACUAGAAAAGCGAUGGUUGUCAAACUUAUGGAAAACUUAUCAAAAAAACUAUCGCCGAAAGAUAUAGAUACGAUUGUAAAGCAUACGAAUUUUUACUCAGGAAGUGAUAUGACUGCGCUUUGCAAAGAAGCUGCAAUGGGGCCUGUAAGAAAUCUAAAGCCAGACAAGUUAAGUAAAGGAGAAAUUCCACCGAUUAGCUUAAAGCAUUUCAAAGAAGCAUUAAAAGUGAUAAGGCCUUCGGUAUCAAAAGCGACACUUGAGUUUUAUGCUAAAUGGAAUGAAGAAUUUGGAGUGGUAUAA